AUGAAAGUCAUGUUUGAUUCUGGCACAACAACAUCUUUUACUAAUAAAACAACAUUAACAUAUACAAAUCAUUUACCAAUCAAAUUCAAUAACAUGAAAUAUAUAAUGGCUGAUGGUCGUACAAUAUUCGAAAUUAUUGGUACAGUAAAAAUUUUUAUUGAAUUAAAUAAUGUAAAAACAAAUAUAGUUGUUGGUGUAGUUAAUUCAUUGUGUACUGAUUGUAUCUUAGGAAUGGAUUAUAUUAAUAAUUUAUUAAAACAUAUACAAGAUCUACAACAAUUAAAUGAUUUAACGAUUAUUUUAAAGAAGCAUAACUUUUUAUUUGAUAUAACAACAAUUGCUGAAACAUCAACAUCUCAUAUUAUUUGUACAGGUGAUAAUCCACUAAUAACAUCUAGGUCUUAUCCACAAACAAUUGAAAAACAAAAUGCAACUUUUGAUAUUCUUCAAGAAAUGUUAAAACAUAAACAAAUUCGUGCAUCAUAUUCUCAAUAUUCAGCACCUAUAUCAUUAAUUAAAAAACGUGGUGGUUCUUAUCGAUUUAUUGUUAAUUAUCGAAAACUAAAUAUAAUUACAAUCCAAGAUAAUUAUCCAUUACCUAAUAUCGAACAAGCUAUACAAAUGGUUGAUGGUCAUCAAUAUUAUACAAAAUUAGAUCUUCAUUCGGGAUAUUUUCAAAUACCUAUUCGUGAAGAAGAUAAACAUAAAACGGCAUUUAUUACAGUCCAUGGACUUUAUGCAUUUAAUGUUUUAGCACAAGGUCAUACAAUUAGUAUACAAGGCGUUAAACCACUUCCAGAACGAAUAAACAAAAUAUUAAAUAUUCCACAACCAACAUCCUUAAAUCAAGCUAAUGCUUUUAUUAGUGCUAUUGGUUGGUAUAGAAAAUUUAUUAAACUUUGUACGAAAAUAGCUGCACCACUAUUAGCCGUUACAAAUUUAACUCAACAAAAUACAAAUAAAUUUAGAUGGGAUACUCCACAACAAGAAGCUUUUAAUCAAUUAAAGGUGGCUAUUGCAUCGGAACCAUUAUUUUUAAAUUAUCCUGAUCCGAAUGAACCACUUAUUUUAUCAACUGAUGCAUCAGAUUAUUGUAUUGGGUGUAUAUUAUAUUAA